AUGGACUUCGAAGAGCUCACGCCGAGCGUUUGGCUGAAACCCACGGACGACCAUACAAUAAUGACAGUACCCGAAGAUUCGGGAUGGAUAAUGUUCAAUAUACAAUCGUCAGGGUUCUACAGAGUGAAUUACGACGAAAAAAAUUGGAAACUCCUGUUGAUCCAGUUGAUAACAAAACCCGACCGGAUACACGUGCUCAACAGAGCUCAGAUCAUAGACGACGCGUUUCACCUGAGCCGAGCCGCUCUGGUGCCGUACAAUUAUUACACUUCGCUGCUCGAGUACCUGUUGAUGGAGGACCACGUGAUGCCCUGGAACACGGCGGUCACCGGAUUGUCGUCGAUCAUGGACGCGAUCCGGCGAUAUCCCACGGAAUAUUCAAUGUUCAAAGAAUAUGCGAAGGGCUUGGCGGAUAUUUUGUACGACAAAUUAUCAGGAAAUCAGAUCCACAACAAUAUGACGAAAAUAGGUUGGAGCAAACUAUUUUCAUGGACUUGUAACAUGGGCAACUCACGUUGCGCAAAAUCUGCGUCAACGCACUUUGACGGAUGGUUGAACGGACACGAAAUACCGUCGGAAAUGGAAGAAGCUGCCCUGUGCGUGGGCAUGAAAAAAGCCAACAUCGCAGCCUUGUCGAAAGUUCAUAAACUUUACAAGACCACACGAUCACCGUCGCAGCAAAAAAUAAUUGUAAGAGCUUUGGCCUGUGCCGAAAAUUUGCAAACGCUGUUAAGUCACCUGGAUCUGAUGCGAUUGGACGUUGCUAACCGCGGAAGCUUGCAGAGCUUCAAAACCGUUUGCGAGAACGUGGUGGCCACACCAGCAGGUGUUAAGGCCCUUAUCGGGUUUCUGUCACGAAAACUGGACACGAUUCAAUCGUCACCGAUCGGAGAUGACCUGCACAAGUACAUCGCUGUCGUGUACUCCGCUUUGGCACCGAAGGUGGCGACCGACGACGAGAUCAUUGUUAUGGACAAGAUAAGGCGAUCCGUCAAACCGGCCGAUCUGAAAACCAAACUGGACGACAUUUAUCAGAAAAUCGAGUCGAACUUGUUGUGGAUGGAACGAGAUCAUAAAAAAAUCAUGAAAGCGAUCAUUAAAAUGUGA